AUGAUUCGUAUCUCAAUCCACCCCCAAUUGGCAAUCGUGAUGUCGACCAACACUUCCCGCAAGAGAAUCGCUGUCGUGGGCGCCGGGGCAGCAGGCAUGUCCUGCGCCUCCACCCUGGCCAACCACCCCGAUCAAUUCCAAGUCCACCUGUUCGAUUCCGCCUCUCAACCCGGCGGCCAGGCCACCUCCAUUCCACUGGAUGCCCGCUACGGCGCCCCCUGGCUCAAUGACGGGGUGCAAGGCGGAUCGCCCAUCUUCCGACACACCUUCCACUUCUUCCGCCGCUAUGGCUAUGAGCCACAGGCCGUCAAACUGCAGGUCUCGUUCGGGAAAGGGCCGGAGAGCUUCUUCACGAACAUAUUCCCCAGUCCGCUGGUCGACCAGUUCUCCGGAGAGAUCCGGAAGUUGGGUCGCGUGCUCACGUGGAUUCAACGGUUGAUGCCGGUGUUAGGCAUCUUCCCCGUCAAGCUCAUUCUGCGGCUGUUUCGGUUCAGUCACGACUUUGGCAGUAAGAUGGUCCUCCCAUUGAUUGCGUUGUUCUUGGGCACGGGCAACCAGACCCCGAAUGUGUCGAGUGUGCUGCUGGAGCGAUUGUUCGAUGAUCCCCAGAUGAAAUUGUGGGAUUAUGAUCCCGACAUGCUGUUGCCGAAUCAACCGACCAUGUAUACGUUUCCCAAUUUAGGCGACUUCUACCGCGACUGGGCUGGUGAUCUUGCCGCCAAAGGGGUGAACGUGCGCCUCCAGACGGGAGUGGAGAUCCAGAAGCGAGACAGGAUGAACGGCGUCGAUCUCCGUAUCUGGGAUAACGCAACCCAUGGCUCUGAACGCCGAUGGGAAGGCAUCGUGCACGAUGAACACUUUGACGAGCUCGUCCUCUGCGUGCCUGCCGACGAGGCUAAGAAGCUCCUCGGAAAGCACGCCACCUGGCGCGAAAGGUAUGUGCUCGGGGGGGUGAAAUUCUACGACGACGUGACCAUCACCCACCACGACGCCGAAUACUUCAAUAGUAUCUUCGAAACGCGGUACAAGACCGAGCUCUGCGGGAAGGCUACAAGCGAGACACGGAGCGAGCAGAUCGCGUUCGCGAAACAGCCGCCCCGCUGUCGGAAGGAUGGAUGGGAGGGAUUUGCGCCGAUGUAUUACACACAUUCGUUGGCGCAGGAUCCGCAGAAGAUUGAGAUGGGGUUUGAUUGCACGAACUAUCAGCAUCAGUUUCGGGAGCAGUUAGGGGAGAAUGCAUUGUCUCCGGAGCCGGAUCGACAUGUUUAUCAGACGAUUUUCUUGAAUAAAGAGAACUCGGACCUGUGGACAUGGGAGAGUAUCGACAAGGAGAAGAUCAUUGGCGAGAAAUGGUGGCAUCAAUUUGGACAUAAUUGGCAGCAUUAUCUGCGCGUGGUGCCGGGGAUGAUGUUUAUUAAUGGGAAGAAUCGGACCUUGUAUGCGGGGAGCUGGACGAUGGUGAAUAUGCAUGAGAUCGCUUGCAUCUCGGGCAUUGCGGCAGCGUAUCGCCUCGGGGCGGUCUAUGAGCCGUUUGAUGACUUUGCGGAGGAUUGCUUUGCCAAGUAUUUGCUGGUGAGCCAUGGGAAGAGAUAUCAGGGGGCGGAAUAAUUGGUCUAGUAUCCGAUCCAUUUGUUAUGUCGUUCCUAUUGGUGUGAUUGAGAAAGCAAUGAUGGGAUCUUCAAGCGGAG